CCCCGUUUGAGUGCGUGCGCGUGUCUCCUGAUUUCACCCUGACACGCGCACACAGACACGCUCACAACACAGGCAGGCGCACGCAUUUCCAGUGUGUGAGUCUGCAGAAGCGGAGCUUCGCAGCAGAAAUCAGCUCCAAACAGGAUUUCUUCCGUUUUCCGUCCGUCCGCCGCGUCCGCCGCGUCCUCGCGACGGUUCCUGGUUCCUCUCCGGCUGUUGUGGAUUUACGGGCCCUCCCCGGUCCGCAGGGUUCGGCUGUCACCGCUGCCGCUUGUUGUCAUUCUGUCCGGGAGACGCGCAGCCGGAGCGCAGACUGGAGGAGGACUUGAUAAACUGGACCAGAAGACUAAUGGUUCACAGCAGGACGGCCUCAUGAGGACACUUCCUGUCAGAACUCCUGUUAACCAGACCAGGUGCAGACUGGCAGAUCGUUUGGUGGGAAAAGUGAAUGACUUCUGAAACAGAGGGGAUCUACGAGCACUAUUCCUUAAAGAAAAGUUGAUCUCUGGAGGAUUCAACUUCUGUUUGCAAAAAUCACCACACAGUUUUGGGAAGAUGCUGGAAGGAGCUGCAGAUGUCUGAUGAGCUCCACUAAUGCCUCCCUUUUUGUUUGUGUGAACUUGUCGGCAACCCUUCGAGGUUCGGCUAUAAUGCUUGAUAGUUUUGGGACCUUGUAACCCUCCAGAACCUACCUUCCCAUCUUCCCCACCAUUCCCUCUCUUCCCCCUUCUCUAAACCACAGAGGAGCUGCAAAAAAAAUGGAGGCUCAUGAAUCAGCUGCUGCAAGGCAGAAAUGCUCCAGUAAGGAACUGGGGAAGGAGAAGGCACCUCUGCAGAGAAAGUGGGCAUCCGAGCCGUCUGCAAACAUCAAACGAAGCACUUUUGCUGACCCAGAGGUGAAACACAGAGAGAGCUUGCCAUGUGGUGCUACUGGGGGAUCUGCACCUCAGCAGAAGUAUGCAAUUACAGGGAAUUCUCCAAAGCUGAUAUCUGGGCCCUCUGCAGUUGGAGCCAUAGGAGGUUUUCCCAGAGGAUACUCCUACCAGCUGGGCCAGCCAUAUCCUCAACAUCCCCAAACUGAGCGCUUUGUCUCAGGAGCCAAACCACAGCCUGGCCUGGAGCCCCAUGCCUGGCCAUUUGCCGGCCAGUUGCCUUCAGAUGAUUUGUACCCUGUUGGACAACCAGGUCACACUCACCCACAUGGGUCAGGGACAGGGAGGUUUCCCCGCCAGAAGUCUCCCAGUUUACCUAGCUCAUUUGGACAGUAUUCUCAGUCGGGCUCUGAGCCUGGAGACGAGGCCUACGGCAAAAAAGAGCAAAAGCCAAAAAAGCCCGGCAAAUACAUCUGUCACUACUGCGGCCGAGCAUGCGCCAAGCCCAGCGUCCUGAAGAAGCACAUCCGCUCACACACCGGAGAGCGGCCAUACCCAUGCAUUCCCUGUGGCUUUUCCUUCAAAACCAAGAGCAAUCUUUACAAGCACCGCAAGUCACAUGCUCAUGCCAUCAAAGCUGGACUGGUACCAUUUUCAUCAGAGCUGGCUGCGAGCCGAGGCGGAGACAUGGACCAGUCUUCGCCGAUUGGCGAAGCCGAGGUACCAUCAGACGGAGAGCAGAGUACAGACACGGAUGAGGAAGGAGUGGAGGGCUCCACCAUGCUGACGGAUAAGGACAGUCCCAUCCCACAGAUUUCAUUUAAAGCUGACAAGAAUGCAGGUGGAGCAGAACCAGCAUAUGCCGACUCAGCUGAAGAACUUCCCAUCGGAUCUAUGAAAGUGCCUAUCCUUAUCUUUCACAAGCCCGGAGGAGUCCCCCCUACAGAAAUUGAGUGCCCACCCUUUCAUGACAUAAAGGGGUCCCAUCACAUGUUGGCAUCACAGGCAGGUGGAAGAGCACAUUCCCUGGAUGACUCCCCCACCAUCAAACAACGCUUGGCCCUGAGGCUGAACGAGAAGAAAGGGCAGGACUCUGAUCCUGGAAUGUCCCAGUCCCUGAACCUCCUCAGUCCACACAGCAAAGGCAGCACAGACUCGGGCUACUUUUCCCCCUUUGACAGUGCAGAACUGCAGAUCAGCACUCCAAAUACCAAUGCCAAGACUUACGAAGAGAUUAUGUUUGGUCGGACCUGGUGCAACCGACCCAACUCUAGGUCGAGACAGCCCAUGACGGUGGGCAUGGCUGGGGCAGACCCCAGCAGCCUAGCCAGCUUAAAACAACCAGGUGCUAUUCCAGACAUGGGGAAGAUAGCUGAAGAUCAUAUCUCUUUCAGAGGAAAUCUAGGAAUCUGUGGUGAUGCCAAGCAAUAUCCAACUGCCCCAUGUCAAAGCAGUACAGGACUUCUGGAGCCUCCAUCAGAUUCUGGGCAUCUUAUCAGGAGUAACUCCAUGCCAACUCCAUCCCCUCCAAACCUCAGCACUCCUCAAGGGAUUCGAGGCAGCGUCUCUUUUGAUAACAUGGUGGCUCAAGAUGAUGUGUUUUACCCUCCAGGCCAUCCCAGACUGAGAAGACAAGGGGCAUUUGAACAUUCAGCUAAUGAAGCCCAUGUAGGAGAGGCAGAGAGCUAUGGACAUAUGUCCAAAAAUCUGGCCUCAUCUCUGGGUAUGAAGAUUACAGAACGAAGCCCAGGAGUGCCAGAGCAUAUUACCUACAGCCCAUAUGGUACUAAAGUCAGCAUGUCGGAGAUAGCCACACGAAAGAGAAGGAAAGAGAAGAGUGUUGGGGAUGAUGAGGACAGUCCUGAUCACUGUGACAGCAGCUGUAGUGGCUCGGUUGAGAUGGUGGGGGACUAUGAAUUCAAACAAGGCAGUUUGGAUGGGUCAAGAGCGACGCCGACAGGGAAGGGCUCUCUUCAUAGUGCUCACAGCCAGUCCGACAGCUUCGAUACCUGUGCCAGCAUGUGCUCUGAAGACGUUGCUCUGUAUCCCGACACUGAAGGCAGGAAGGCAGCUGGGAACGUCAUAUCAGUCAUCCAGCACACCAACUCACUCAGCCGCCCGAAUUCCUUCGACAAAUCAGAAUCUUUCGAACAGCCAGGAUACCAGCCCUCAGAUAAAGCUCCAUCUAGUCAGUACUCGGAGCAAUCUGACACGGAUAUCUUUGAAGAUGCCUUGAGCCCUGAAUCUGGCCUUCUGAGGACAGAGAGCACGGAGCAGCAGGUGCAAAGCGACAGUGACCUGGCCUCCCUUUCAUCGCCCUUGGCUGCAGCCUCGCCUGGCCAGCCCUAUCACAAACUGGUCCGACAACCCAACAUUCAAGUUCCUGAGAUCAGGGUGACGCCAGAGGAGCCCCCUGAAAAGGAUGCUGAAACUCCGGUGAUGAAGGAACCGGAGAAGCAGCAGCAGCAUGUAGAGGAGUUCCAGCUGCCACAAAGGAGUGACACUCUCUCCCAGAUGCCCACAGAAAAGCUCCCCCCAAAGAAGAAGAGGCUGCGCCUCGCGGAUAUGGAGCAUUCAUCCGGGGAAUCGAGCUUCGAGUCAACUUGCACCAGCCUGUCUCGUAGUCCCAGUCAGGAGAGCAACCUGUCCCACUCCUCUUCACUUUCCAUGUCCUUCGACAGAGAUGAAGGCCUCAAGUCUGUUUCACCAACCAAACAGGAGGACCCGAUGGCAUGUGGUGGUGGAGCAAAGCCAUCAGAGUUUCUGACUGUACCUGGAAGUGGUUAUUCCAGCCACCACCAGCAGAGGGAGAUGAGGAGGUCUUCAUCAGAGCAAGCGCCGUGCACGUUGCCCACAGAGUUGCCAGAAAUGCGCAGCAAAUCCUUUGACUAUGGAAACCUGCCCUCCUGCAGACAGGGGGAGGUCUACUCCAGCACGUCUGCAAAAAAGGAACGUCGGCGUGGAUGUCUGGUUAGACAGGCUUCACUGAGCGUUUAUCCAGAGGCGGUCCUCCAGGAGCCGGCCGGAGUCGAAAUGUCAAUCAAACAGGAGAGUUUGGAGUAUGUGGCGGGGCCUGGUCCAGCAGGACCCGCCCACAGCACCAGUGACAUCUCCAGCAGAACCAAGAGAGGCUGCAGCAGCACCGGUGGAUCUCACCAGCAGCAUCUCCUCCAGCAGAGUCUUAGUGAGGACAGCCUACAAGACGAACCUCUUUAUGGACGGUCGCAGCAGCAUUGCCUCCAGGCCCAGGGCUCCUCAUCUGAGGGAGAACAUCCAAGUCACGAGGCCAUGAACAAGGAUUUCAUCCAGCAGUACCACAGCAGUCCGCCCCUUAUUUCCUUCCCACAGCCAGGCUUGUUCUGGACUCAGGAUCCAGGAUCUGUAUCCAGACAGCAGCAGACCCUCCAGGCUCAGCAGCAACUCCAGAAACUCCACAUCAAAUCUCCCGGACAUCCUCCACAGAAGCUGCAGCAGCAGAUCCACGAUCCAGAAAAUCCAAACUCUCAGAUUUACCCCUCCUCGUUUUCAUCUCGAUCCUCUCCUCUGUCCCAGCAACAGCAGCAAAGCCUGGGAUCGGUCUCGUCCAAGCCUACCAGCUCCUCCACAGCCCCCGUCCUUCUGCAGCAGAACCAGCCGGUCUUCGCCACCCAGAACCUGGGCUCCCAGGCCUCCCUGCCUGCUUUGCUGGUUCCUGUACGGAUCCAAACCCACGUGCCAUCAUUUGGUAGUGCUAUGUACACGAGCGUAAGCCAGCUGAUAACGUCCCGUGGUGGUGACUUGAUGGCGCUGGCCUCCAACGGCGCCGACAGAAGCAACAUGUCUCCUCCUCUUGGACUUGUGAAUAUCACCAAACCCCCUGGAGGGGUCGGAGGAGGAAUAAGUGGAUCUGGUUUCAACCUACCGCUUCUCCUGGGACAGACCGAUGGCUCACUGCUACGCUCCCCACUCUGGAAGAGGCCUGAUUCGCUUCCAGAGCAACACAUAAACACCGGCAUCCCGCUGUCCCUGACGUCAGGAACCAUUUCCACCACAGAUGCCUCAGGAUCCGGGAUCGGAGGUGGCAAGCGCAUGCUUUCCCCGACCAGCUCCCUCGAGCUCUUCAUCGAGACGAAGCAGCAGAAACGAGUGAAGGAAGAGAGGAUGUACGGACUGAUUGUGAAGGAGAUGAGUGCCGUGGAACUGAGCGGAGCUGAGACCAGAACCAAGCCGGAGAGGCCUGGAAGAGGUCCCAGAGUCCGUCUGAAGAGCCAGGACUCCAUGGAGGAUUCAGAAAAGAUGUCCUCCUCCCCUCCGCUCACUGAUUUCCCAGCUGCCGCCAAGCUCGCCAUCCCCGUCAGAUCCUCAGCUCCCCACCUGUCUGACAUCCCCCAAGCGGAGAGCUUCACCCCCCCUCUCCAGAUAGUCACAGAUCGGUCUCCAGUUUUAGGUGGACGGGACUCCCCGGAGGAGCUGGAUGUGGACGAUGCGGCCCCUGAACCCAGCUCCAGCCCGGAGCCCAUGCUGUCCUCUAACGAAGCUGAAGCUGAAGACGGCGACAGGAAGCCUUCAUUGGCUGAGCUUCCCGCCAAUCACAGCGCAGGCAUAACGGGUCAGACUCUGCUUCUCACAAACGUGGCCGACCAGCAGUUUUUCCAGUUCCCGAGCCUGCGCACCAUCAGCCGGGUCAGCUGGUGUUUCCGAAACUACACCAAACCCAACAGCAGCCCAGCUACUCUGCGAAGCUCCGUCUACAGCUCGUGGUCCAUCAGCUCCUACAAUCCCAACCCGCUGAACCUCAACACGAAGGCCGCCAUCGCUCUGCUCAGGUCCAAGCAGAGAAACGCCGAUCUGAUGUACACCAUGGCCGUGUCGCCACACAGCUCCGGAAAACUGGUGUCAUCCGUAGCCUGGAAGCUGAGGUUUGACCAGCUGAAGCCGGAGCUGAUGCCGGUGGAGGUCGGUCACUUUGGGAGGAAGAUGAAGGGGGUGGUGUCAUGGGAGUGUUCGAAGGACGAGCAGAUCGAGAAGGAGGUUUCCAUCAAACCCAACUCUGAACCCACGCGGAUCAAGAUCUUCGAAGGCGGGUAUAAAUCCAACGAGGACUACGUCUAUGUUCGCGGUCGGGGUCGAGGGAAGUACAUCUGCGAGGAAUGCGGCAUCCGUUGCAAGAAGCCCAGCAUGCUGAAGAAACACAUCCGAACCCACACGGACGUCCGGCCGUUCGUCUGCAAGUUCUGCAACUUCGCUUUCAAGACAAAAGGAAACCUGACGAAGCACAUGAAGUCCAAGGCUCAUAUGAAAAAGUGUCUGGAGUUGGGAGUCUCCAUGUCCUCGGUCGAAGACGCAGAGGCAGAUGAUGGAGAUGUUGGAGAGGAAGGCCAGAAAUCUUUGGAGAAGACGUCCCGAGGUGUCAUGGCGGAGCACCAAUUCUCAGAUGCAGACGACUCAGAGGGCGGCGAGGAAGACGGCGAUGAGGUUGAUGAUGAAGACGAGGAGGAUGACGACUACGAUGGCGACUCCACCCCAAAGACUCUGUCGCGCUCCACCAGCCCGCAGCCGUACGGCCUGCCGUCCUUGUCCAUCACAGCCGUGGCCACCUCCCACCCUGCUCCCAAACUGUCCCACCCCGUGGCGUCAGACCUCCUGGGACACGCUCACAAGCCGCCUCUGUUUGGCUACUUCACCACUGUGCCAAGCAUCCAGAUCACUCAACAGGCCCCGCCCACCGAACUCACUGAGAGGGGGCGUGGUCAGGCGGAGUAUCAGCAGCGGUCUCUGGGAAAUCAGCUGCUGGUCCCCCCCUUCGAGGACCUGCCUAUCCCCUCCCCAGAUCUGUCCUCGUCGGGGUCAGACCACGCCGGCUGCCCGUCCCCCAUAUCACCAUCCUCCUCCCCCUCUGCCCGCCGUUACCUGUCCCCCUGCCGUGACCUCUCACCUCGCCCCGGACACCUUUCCCCCAGGCGGGACAUCUCUCCCCUGCGCCAUAUUUCUCCAAAGAGGGACCUGGCGGCGGGGGGGUACCGCCGCGACCUUUCCCCCAGGCGGGCCCACCUCUCCGUGGUGUCCCCCCUCUCUCGGCCCAUGUCUCCGGGAAGAAGAGACUACAGACGUGACGUUUCGCCAGGAGGCAGCCAUAGGGGGAUGAUCCGCCAUAUUUCCCCUCGCCGAGGAACCCACCUCCACCACCAGAGCCAGCAGAGUGGGCGGAGCCUAAGGACGAGUCAUCUGAUUGGAGGACUGCUUCAGGGGGAAUUUCCUGUGGGACGGUACAGAACUGGUGCAGAAAUGGAGACGUUGCCAGGGGAACGGGACCACCAGGCCGGACCCCCCCACCAGGUCCUGUUCAGCCACCUGCCCCUCCACUCCCAGCUGCAGGUGCGUUCACCUUUCCCAAUGAUCCCCAUCGGAGGGAUCCAGAUGGUACACUCCGUCCCCCUAGCUGUCGCCUCGCCACUGGUCCAGCAGGGGGCGGAGCCUAUAGCCUCCCGCCUGUCGCUGCAGAAGAGCGUGUCGGAGGACUCCACCAGCAGCGAGGCUGCCUCCUCACAUCUCACUGAGCAAAGAGGCGCGGUGAGGGUGGCUCUCCAACACUGUUCAGAGGACAGGGAAGUGGGCGGAGUCCACCAGCAUCAGGAGGAGAGCAUCCAGACCUGCACCAAGGCCAUCGCCUCCCUCUGCAUCGACUCAGAGGAGUCCAUCGUUAGGCCAGGAGGACACAGAGAGGUGGAGGAGAAAGGAGAAGGCGGAGCCUCAUCUUCACCCCCCGACCCCACCACCAUGUCGUCAACGCCACGUCCCCACCCCUCCCCGUCUCCCCCUCAAGGUCCUGGGAUUCAGCACUUUAGUGGCCUGGAGCUCGGGCCUCCCCUCCUCCCCUCCCCCUCCUUCCCCCUUCAGCCCCCCAGCUCCAGAUCUGACUCCCUCCCUCCUCCAUCGGCGUCCAAACCCGUCCAUCAAGACAGCGAGUGGGAGGACAAAAGCUCACAGACACGUAAAGACUCGUCCUAAAACUAGAAACAUGGACGUCCUCUAGUCUGGACGAAAGGGAGUGAUGAAUGGGGAGGGAGGGAUGACGAGAGAAAGAAAGAAAGACUUGUACUCCUCCAUUUUCUCUCAUUCAGCUCAAACUUUUAAACAUUUAAAAUCAAACUGAGAAGAAAUUCUGUAGUUUCGUGCACUUGCACGUGCACAGCAUGCCUGUCUCAGCCAGACUUCUUAUUUAAAGACGGAUCUGCGUGCAUGUGUUGCUGAGCGUGCACGUGUUGCUGAGCGCUCAGAGACGAUGCAUUCAAUGGUACGUAGGAAAAAGGGACUUCUACGUGUGCCUUUUUCCGUUUUGUUGUUUUUUGUUUAUUAUAAACAAACAAAGCAGGAAGGUCAAUGUAAAUAUGACAUCAUCACAUUUCUGCGUAUCAGCUUUGUAAUACCCCCCCAUCACCUUAACGUGGAUGUGAAGUUCUGGACAUUAAUAUUACGUACGGUUGCACUAAAACAUAUUUUUCUAUGAGUGAAAAGGCUUUGUGUACAGCAGCGAUUCUAUAAACUAUUUAUUAUUAUUAUUAUUGGUUUAAUGUUUCAUAAAUUGUACUUUUUUUCUUAAAUGUGGUGGAUGCCUUUUUCUAUGUGAAGCAUGGGGGGUUUGCUUACAUUAGGGGAGGAUGUACACUGUAAUAUGGCUUUAUAUGUUAGACCUAUUUAUAUACGUCUAAGUAAGCCCCGCCCCCUUGCCACCCCCUAUAUACACUUAGAUUUACUAGCAUAUCUAGCCAGUAUCUAGCAUCAAGCCGUCUCUCUGCGCUCAUCCCUCAGCAGGACGUUUUCAGACAUUGACUUGUACUUUCAUGGUGUUACUUCCUGGUUUUUGCCUUUUACAGGAGCAGGUCUGCUCUCAGCAUUAUGUGAAUGAACACACCCCCCACCCCCCUGAGUAAAUGUAGCUCCCCCUUCUUGAAUGAAUCAAUGUGGGGAGGGGGGGAACAUUCCAGUCGCCACCCAAACCUCAAAUUUUACACAUCCACCUUUCUAGAAGUUUCUGUUCCAACUGUCUGAAAAUGCACCUUAAAGUCUCCUCAGAUUUCUGCAGACUUGAGCUGGAGCAUUUGGGAUGGUUUAAAUGGGAAUAAUUCUUACUCUGGGCUGCAUUUCCCUUUUAUAGCUAAGCAAUAUUUAGCCAAACUCUGCUCACCAGCAGGGGGGGAUUCUGUUGCAAGGCAACAACUUACAACUCUUCAAAUCAGGAGCAGAAGGGAGCAGCUCUGGGUUGAGUCGGGCAGGCUGCAAUGUGAGUGUGUGUAUUCUAUAUCGGUGUCUAUUCCACCAGUAUAUCCUCUUAUGAUGUUUUUCUAUUUUCAUCCUCCCUCUGUUAUAUACCCUUUUCAUGACGACGAUGAUGUCUUUAAAAAUCUUUCUCUCUUAUCAAAGCACAAGUCAUUACAUAGAGAUGACAGUAAAAGCAGAAAAAGGUAACCGUUGGUAGAAAGGGUAACUUUGUGAUGGUGUCCUGUGGAAUUAAUACAAAUAUCAUGUGUAACUCAAGCUGCAACGAGGAAGUAGAAGUGAAAGAAAUGGAUUGUUGUUUCCAAAUAAAGAUGAAUACAAACA